AGAGCACAGCACUUAGUUGUCAAUGUCAAUUUCUGUUAUCACCUGUUAGCACACAUUCAUUUUCAAUUCGACAUGUUGGUUCUAGACUAAGACAGCUAGACAAUGUGGAAAAGUUAAACAGUGGAGUGGAAACUUAAACAUACGUUAGAAUAUUAUUCUAUUUUUAUGUUACGUUGUGCUAUCUUUUUGAAUACAUUAUGAAUAAAAAUAAAAUUGAUAUCGGCGUACUGGAGGAGAGAAGAAGUUGGCUCUUGCAUCCAAAAUUUUUUCCAAGUAAAGUCGGUGGCAAACCUGCAUGGUUAGAUUUGAAGAAUUUGCCAAUCCCAUCUGAGCUCUCUUGUAAGAAAUGUAAUGACCCUUUAGUGUUUUUAUGUCAAAUUUAUGCACCGUAUGAAGAAUCUGUACAUAGUUUUCAUCGAACAAUUUUUGUUUUUAUAUGUAGAAAUGGACCUUGUUGUCAAUCAAAUACGACAGAAAAUUUCUUAGUGCUGCGUUGCCAGCUACCUCGGAGAAACUCUUUCUAUUCAUAUGACCCUUAUGAAGAAAAUGAGGACGAGGUUUUUCCCAUGGAUAAAUAUCCAAAAUUAUGUACUGUUUGUGGCAUCCGGGCUCCUUCGCACUGUGCUAAAUGUAAAAAAGUAUUUUAUUGCAGUCGAAAGCACCAGAUUUUAGAUUGGCAAAAAGGACAUAAAGAACAAUGCUGUGCUUUACAGAAUUCUAUAAUUUUUCAGAAUGAUACUUCAUGUAAACUGAGUAACUUUAUGGUAACUGAAUCAGGAAAAACUAUUUUAUUCAAAGAGUGGGAGCUCCUUGUUGAUGAAGAAGAGGAGGAAGACCAAAGCAACAUAGAUGUUAAUCAAGAAAUGGAAAAAUUGAAAAAGAUGAUGCAGGAAAAGAAAGCAGGCAGUUUACAUAAUGUAAGUGAUAGUGAACUAGAACAGUACACCAAGACUUUGCCAGAAGACAAGGUUUUCAACAAAUUCAGUAAAAGAGUAGCUAGGCAUCCAGACCAAGUACUCAGAUAUGAAAGAAAUGGACAGCCUUUAUGGAUCACCGGAAAUUUUGAUAAUAGUAUAAUAAAUAUACCAGCAUGUCAGUACUGCAAUGGAGAAAGACAAUUUGAAUUUCAGAUCAUGCCCCAGCUGCUCAAUUUUAUUGAUGUUGGUAUAGAUUUCAACAGUAUAGACUGGGGGGUGCUGGCAGUAUACAGUUGUAAAAAGAGCUGUGACUUGGGUCCUAGUUAUAAGGAAGAAUAUAUGAUAAAACAAGAUUUGUCUAAUUGAAACUUUACUAAAAUAAAUUAUUAUUUACA